UGAUAUGCUUCAAAUGGUUAAUCGACAGGCUUCAUUUUUUACCGCGCUGUUUUUUAUUUCUCAAAUGUUCCGUGACAUUCCCAGUCAGCACUGUGGAGCCGGCGGUAAUCUAUACUCGAUUUAUCAAAUGAUACUUAAGGGCCACACCUAUAAGACGUUCAAGUUUACACCAGGUGCGCUGGAAUGUAGAGAGGCUUGUCUCGCUGAUGUCAGAUGUCAAAGCUAUAAUGUCGUCAUGUUCAUUGCAAUAUGUGAGUUAAACAACCGGACUAAAGAGGCCAGACCAGAGGACUUUGUCAAGGACAAGGACAGAUAUUACAUGGCGAUAGGUCCAAAAGGAGGAUGUGGGCCUGUUGGUGUGGCAGACACUAAUACAAUUCCAGAUGCAAGAAUGACAGCAAGUAGUUUUUACGAUAGUUAUCGUCAUCCAUACUACGGCAGACUGAACGAAACCAGGGGAUCCGGAGCGUGGUGUCCUAAGACUAAAUCUAAUAGAACAGACUAUCUUCAAGUUGAUAUGGGUGAAGUGCGUUUUCUUUGUGCUGUGGCCACACAAGGAUAUCGGAGAAGCUCUGUAUGGACCACCAGCUACAAACUACAGUUAUCAACAGACGGUGUAACUUGGAACACUUACGAGGAGACAAAUAUUGAAAAGGUGUUCCGAGGAAACUCAGAUCGGAACAGCAUCGUGAAGCAUUUACUUAAAAAUGAAUUCAAAGCCAGAUACGUUCGUUUUUAUCCUUUAAAAUACAAUUCGUGGCCAUGUUUGAGGGUAGAAUUGUUUGAGGUUAAGUAAGGUAUCAAAUAUGUACAAUAUAUCUGUCCAUUAGUUUCUGAUAGUAUUUUAGUUUUUAAUGGCUUCAUAACAAAUAUUAUAUCGCAGCCAAGGGGUUUGAAUUACAUGAUAUUUAACAAUGAUAUACUAGGCUAUCAUAAAUACAUACAGGAGUAUAGUUCAUACAGGAAUGUAAUAAAUAAUUAGAAUUGUAUCAGAAACUUUAAAAAGAUAAAAUAUCACUAAGAUUGAGUAAUACUCGGCAGGCUUGAUCAAACGAAUAUUCACACAGUGUUGUUUGAGAGUCGGCACAUGCUCGGGAUGAAGGACCGCUGAAAACGCUUGCAUUGGUGCUCACGCCAAGGAGGUCGUACUUUCUAAUUCUCCUUAGGUUAUAAUAGUUUACGUGAUUGGCAGGAAAUAAGUGAGAUAGUUUUUGGUCAUUGGAGAUUGCAUCAAACAGUUUAGAACACCGUUUCUCGCGCCGAGACUGCAGUGUCUAAAUCAUAGUUACGCAAGCAUAGACGACUGUAAGAACAAUGUGGUAGGAUGAUACUUAAUGCCCUUUUCUGUACGCGUUCGAUAUCAUUACUUAAAUACUCGGGCAAUGUAUGGCGAAAAACGGGCGAACAGUAUUCCAGGAAAGGUCUUAUAACAGAGGACCAAAACUAACUGAAAACUGUUCGUCUAAUAAAGAAAACAAGUAUAUACACUGGGUCUAGAGUAGGAAAAUAAACAGUAGCAAAUAAACUAUAACAAACUGAUUAAUGGUGUAGUUAUUACCAAGGGCGGAUCAAGGGUUUUUUUUAUGGGAGUGAGCGAACCACGAAGUAAUAACCUCACUGGCGUUUCCUCUGACGAAUGGAUAGACUGAUUCUGGAAAUAUUAGUGCUAACCUACCAUUUUUGCUGAGUUUAAUAUAGAUUCUUUAACCUCGUCUCAUGUUUUACUUCAAAACCAAAACUUACAUAGAUUAUUUUUUUAAUCUUUUUUUUGUUUUUUUUUUUUUUUUGCUCAGUACUAGUUACACAUGAAAACCGCAGGUCCUGUCAGGGAGAGGUGGGUGUGCAACCCCCGCACCCCUCUUCUAGAUCCGCCACUGAUUAGCCCCCUCUCUCUGUAGUUGCGUUAGAAAACAGUUAUACAGAAAAAGUAUUUAAGGUGAAAUAGAAAAGUUAUUGCAUAUCUGUGCUGAAAAGUGUGUUUAUUCACUGUUACUUAUUCAUUUAACAUUUAUGAUUAGCUGCUAUCAGCGUGCGUUUUUCUCCGCAAAAUGUUCAUGGCUUAUGCAAAUUAUAUCAAUAGAUUCAAUGGAAUUGAGAUUCCUGAUGCGUGCACGCCUGAAGGCAAAAAGCAAAGCAGUCAGCCAAUAAGUAAACUGGUAUGUAGGAAAACAAUACAAACUCGUCCAAACAAUUAUGUACCAAUAGAAGCGCGCUAAGACUCAACAAGAACAGCUCACUAUGCUACAUUAAUUAAUAGCGAUCAGUAACUAUUCAGGGUCAUUACCCGAUAAAGAAAAGCAGUAAAGGAGUUAUAGGGUCGCGAUUUAUAGUUGCCUUUUUUAGCUUGAGUUUGCAGAUGAUAGAUACUCUUUAUUAUAAGAAACAUGUUUCAUGUUCAUCUAGUACCAAGGAUCUGUUUUUUCAAACACUGGCUAAUAUUAAUGGUUGAAUCCAGCAACAGACGUAUUCUUACCUUUUUAGUAUUUGAUUUAUGAAAUGAAAAAAA